GGACCUUCUGGACGCCAGCGCAUCACCCGAGCCCAGGAACGACUGCUACAUCUCUCGAAUCGAAUCUCGUCUCGUCGCUAUGGCCAACCCACGUGUUGAAGAGCUCCCCGAUGAGCCAGAGAAGAACACCCCAGAGGUCGAGGAGGAUUCUUCUGAUUCUGAUGAGGAGGGCGGCGAGGCCAACAUCCCAGCGGGUGCUCAGGUUGCCGUGCACAGCAGAAACGAGAAGAAGGCGCGCAAGGCUAUUGCAAAGCUCGGACUGAAGCACGUCGAGGGCAUCACCCGUGUGACUCUGCGGAGGCCAAAGAACAUCCUUUUCGUCAUCAGCAACCCAGAUGUCUACAAGAGCCCAUCGAGCAACAACACCUGGAUCAUCUUUGGCGAGGCUAAGAUCGAGGAUCUCAACUCUCAAGCUCAGGCAUCUGCCGCUCAGCAGCUUGCCGCACAGUCCGCUCACGAGGCCUCUCACAACCACGCUGCAGACGGUGAGGGCAAGGGCAAAGCGGUCGAGGACAAGAAGGCUGAGGAGGAAGAGGACGAUGGCGAGGAGGUCGAUGACACCGGUCUUGAGUCCAAGGACAUCGAGCUCGUCAUGGCUCAAGCCAAUGUCAGCCGCAAGAAGGCCGUUAAGGCUCUCAAGGAGAACGACAACGACAUUCGAUCAGCCGCGCUCAAGAUCGACUGGACCAACCUUGGUGCCAAGCUGGGCCUGCGAGGCAACACUGCCGCUGCGCUCCAGAACUUCAAGCAGCGCAACGAUAUCGCACGCCGCAAGGUCCAGGUUCUUUCCGAACAGCCUUCGACCGUCGACUUCAGCCACUACCGCAGCAUCUUGAAGAACCAGGAUGUGAUCAACGACAUCGAGAAGCAGUUCAAUGCUUUCCAGCCGAAGAAGUACGAUGUCCAGAGACAAAUUAAAGCCAUUGAGGCUUUUGAGGCCCAGGCCGUGAAGAGCGCCGAGGAGACCAAGAGCAAGGUUGAUGCAGAGCUGAGGGACUUGGACAAGACUCUCAAGAACAUUGAGACUGCCAGGCCAUUCGAGGAUCUCACUGUGGAUGAUGUCCUUGCUGCCCGCCCAGACAUCGAACAGCGCGUCGAACAGCUCGUGUCGAAGGGUCGCUGGCAAGUUCCAGGCUACCAGGAGAAAUUCGGCAACCUCUCCGUACUAUAAGCGAGCCCAGCCGCUGUUGUUUGAUAGAAUCAACUGUAUAUAUGCGUACUGAGCUCCUUUGUCCCUG